GCGCCGCAAUCGCACGAAUCACAACAAAACAUUUUUUUUUGAAAUUCGAAUUUCAUUCGAACAAAAACAGACCGCGCGCGUUGAACUUUUAAAAAGUCUUUUACAGUACAACGAGUCUUUUAUAGUACAACUGUUAUUUUACUAGUUAUUUUUAUUGAUGAAAAUAAUAAAGUGAUUUUAUAUUGAGACAUUUAUAUGAGAUUUGUUGAGUGAAAGUAUUUCUAGAUCUAAAAGUGAAAGGCCGAUCUUGUGAAGUGAGUACCAUAACAGCGUCCUCGGAGCCUGUUUGGAUCAAUCAGAAUAUCUUCAACACGUGAAAGUCACCAACCAACACACGAUAUGUCAAAACUAACCAACCCGCCAUGUCAACGGUGAACUGCCAACAAUGGCCUCUACACAGAACACACAGAGACCCCACACAACUACACAGAACACAUAAAGACUACACAGACACAAUACACAGAACACACAAAGAUUGUACAAACACAGUGCUGAAACGCAAGAACGCUAGAAGCUUCGAGAUCAAUCCACGAUGGUUGACAAAAUGGCGGUUGAAGGGAGUGCUCAUUCCACUGAUGAUUCUCAACGUCACUGGUCAAGCUGGAGCCGUGGAAGCUGCAAGUCGUGUGUUGGCGUCUCUUCUGGGAUACCCCCCUACUUGCAUGGUCGGGGGGGAGGCGCGGCCGUGCACGUUGACGCUGAGCUGCUGGCUGCGGGGGGGAAGCAGGGGCAAAGGAUGCGGCGGGGGCUGGCUGUUCUCUUGCUGUACCACUCACGCUGACCGCGGAUAUGAUGAUGCUGUUAACAGCAUACCAUCAUCAGACUGGAAGUACAAAGAGUACAAAGUGGUGCCUCCGCGGCUGCGCGAGGUGCCCCAACGCAGCGUGGUCCCCACCAACGUGUUGAGACGGCGAGUCGACGAUGACACCACUCAGAUGGACUGCGGCCUGCCGUCAACCCGUAUCUUGCAGAAGCGCAUCAUUGGUGGGCGCGAGGCCAGAGUGGCUGAGUUCCCAUGGCAGGCUCACGUGCGCAUCUCAGAGUUCCAAUGUGGAGGCGUGCUCGUAUCCCACCAGUACGUGGCGACAGCAGCCCACUGCGUGUCCCGUGCCCGGGUGAAAGACAUAGCCGUGUGGCUGGGGGCGCUUGACACCACUGCCGGCGCGGAUACCGCCAGGAAACUUGGGGUCGUCCAAAAGAUCCUGCAUCCUCUCUUCCAAUUUCGCAUGACCCAGCCGGAUCGUUACGACAUCGCACUCCUCAAGCUGUCUCGCCCUGUCUCGUACACCAGCCACAUCCUGCCCAUCUGCCUCCCGGAGUAUGACCUUGACCUCCGAGGGAAGUCAGGUGUCAUCGCUGGCUGGGGCAAAACUGACACCAGCAAUGGUCACACUGGCACGAACCUGCUGAGGUCUGCGACCGUGCCUAUCCUGAGUACAGAGCAGUGCAUCAAGUGGCACCAGAGUAAGCAGAUCUCAGUGGAGAUCCACUCUGAGAUGAUCUGCGCAGGACACUCCGAUGGGCAUCAGGAUGCUUGCUUAGGAGACUCGGGCGGCCCCCUAAUAGUCCUGGACGGAGGGCGGUAUUACCUGGCCGGGAUAACCUCAGCAGGCUUCGGCUGCGGCGUGGACCACCAGCCCGGGAUAUACCACAACGUGAAGCUCACCGCGCCCUGGAUACACAGACUCACACACUACAAUACAUAUUAUAUACAUUACUGAACAAAUAA